CACACACACACACUUCCCAGACCAUCGGCUCUUAGCCAAUGAGAUCACAGAGAGAAAACACACUCUACCUAUCACGGUAUACAAACACACACAAAUUCUCACACACACACACUACAAGCAACUGGUAGAAAUGGAUUACGAGCCCACCAAGAAAGCCAGUAAGGGUUUUGUGUCUCCUAUCAAGCGACUGGUGUUCUCCAAGUCGGGGCGAAGGCAGGUGGACAGGACCAGCGUGUACCGUAGGCCCCUCCACACUGUCCCCCUGUACCCCCCAGACUUCCUGAUCCACCCCGAAAGACUCAUCUACGACUAUGUGGAGAAGGAGGUUAAGUUCCUGGGUCACCUGACGUGGGUGUCAUGCUCGCUGAACCCGUCCAGCCGGGAUGAACUCCUGCAGCUGCUGGACACGGCCAGGCAACUCAAGGUGCUUCCCCUGAAGACCAGCGUGGAGCAGGACUGCAUUCUGAGCCUGUCAGCCCGAUGUGUUCUCAUGACCUGGCGAGACAACGAGAAACUCCUGCUGAGGAUCCCCACGCAUGAGAUCGCUGCCGCCUCCUACCUGAGGGACGACGCACUGCACCUCCUAGUGCUCAAAACAGGUCUGAACGUUGACACGGUUCUGGCGGGAGGCAGCCUGGCUGGUAACAGCCUGGAGAAGAAGAAGCCCGGGGGCAUCGAAGGUCGUCGUCAGACCAUGAGCAACUCCGACCCCCGUCCAGCAGGGGGCACCAUGGAGCGUCGGCACACCAUCUGCGGAGUGGACUGGAAGAACCACAAACCUUCAUCCAAGCAGCAGCAGCCCAAUCUGGCCGUGGUGCAGAGCGGUGGGGGCGGAGGGGGCGGAGGAGUGGGCGGAGGAGUGGGCGGAGGAGUGGGCGGAGGAGUGGGCGGAGCCGGAGGUGCCGGAGGCAGUCUGGAGAGGACGACCAGGGGGGCCGGGAGCUGGGAACGUCAACACACCCGGAAGCCUGGAGGAGGCAGCUGGGAGAGGAGGCCAGUGAGCGGGAGCUGGGACCGACCCCGGGCAGUUGGGGGCAGUUGGGAGAAAAGAAAUGGGGGCAGUGGAAUUGGAGGCAGCUGGGAGAAGAGACAUGGAGCUGGGGGGAAGCCUGGUGGGAGCUGGGAGAGGAGACACGCCUGUACAGGCAGCUGGGAAAGAGGGAAGAGCUAUGGGAGCUGGGAGAGGAGGAACCACAACCCACUGGAGCCCACACCAUGUCCCGAUGCCUACUGCAAUCUGGUGAUACUGGCUGUGGAGAGCAGGGAUGCUGCUGAGGAGUACUGUGCUCUGAUCUGUCAGAUGUUUCAGAUCAUCUACGGUCACCAGACCAUUGAGUGUGUGGACCGGGCAGGGUUCCACUACACCAUGCCUGAACGCUAUUGGCUGCAGAGGAGUGACAGCUGUCUCACCGACAUGACAUACAGUUACGACACAGACUUCAACUGCUGCAGCUCUUAUGACGGCUCCCAGGAUGCCUUUGACCUCUACUACGGGGAGAGCUACAGUGAGAGCUCUUCUCUCUCCAUCCAGGACUCCCAUCACAGCCUGGCCUCCGUGCAUAGCGAUGGAGCGGACAGCAACCAGGGCCUGCAGCUCAUGCAGGAGUACAUGAUGACAUUGAGGUCGAUGCUGAGCCCCCCAGAGCUUCAGCAGUUUGCUCUGCUGUUGAGAGAGUACAGGCUGGGGGCUCCUGUAGAUGACUUCUGCUCUGACUUGCUGAAGCUGUACGGUGAUGUCAGGAAGUUCCUGCUCCUGGGCAUGCGUCCCUUCAUCCCAGACAAGGACAUUGGCGUGUUUGAGAGCUUUCUGGAAGGCAUCGAGAUCCGUGAGGGGGGAAUCCUGACGGACAGCUUCGGUCGCAUCCAACGGAGCAUGAGCAGAAGGUCCGCGGCGGCAGUGCACGGUCACGACAGUUGGUCGCCCCCCUCGAGGUCGCAGGACUUCAGUCAGAGGAUCAGUGACAUCACACACGACAUUGAGGCCCUGCGGUUCGACCAGGAACACGGGGGCUGGCAAGGGGAGCAGGGGGGUUACCAUGGAGAUAUAGUGGAAGAGGAUUACUAUUUGUGAUGGAGAGAAGUGCAAAGGAGGCCAGAAAAAGAAAGGAGAGAAAAAGAGGAGGGGUGGAUGGAAGGAGGAAGGAGAGGA